CGCUCACGGCUUUUCCACGUCAGUAAGUUUACUAGUGCCUCUCGCUGCUAAACCGAGGGAGGAUAUUUUAGCUUAGCUAAACCGAUACAAACCGUUUCGCAGAGAGACGGGCAUGGCGUGAGACCGUUCAGAAGCUUUGUUUAACGUCUUUUUCUUUUUAGAAGCGCUGUGACAACGAGACACUUAGCUAUACAGCUACAGUCAGUGUUUAACAGCCUAGCUAAGCUUAGCUAGCGGUUAGCCAGCUAGCCACAUCAGUGGAGAACGUACUGAACGCCAUUUUGGAUUCGCAGCCGGACAGAUUCAUUAUGGUGGACAAGAAUAUAUACAUUGUUCAAGGAGAGAUUUCAACUGUAGUUGGUGCUAUCAAGAGAAACUCCAGAUGGAGCACCCACACUCCGCUGGAUGAAGAGCAGGACCCACUCCUCAACAGUUUCAGUCAAGUGAAGGAUAUCCUCAAUAAUAUCAAAGAACUUUCAGAUGUGGAGCCUAAUGUGUUUCUGCGGCCGUUUCUGGAGGUAGUUCGCUCUGAGGACACGACUGGACCCAUCACGGGCCUCGCCCUCACCUCUGUCAACAAGUUCCUUUCUUACGGCCUCAUAGAUGCCAAUCAUGAAGGAGCAGCAGAGGGGAUUGAGAACAUGGCUGACGCGGUCACUCACGCCAGAUUUGUGGGGACUGACCCUGCUAGUGAUGAAGUGGUACUUAUGAAAAUCCUCCAGGUUCUGAGGACUUUGCUGCUGACUCCAGUGGGAGCCCAUCUGACGAACGAGUCUGUGUGUGAGAUCAUGCAGUCCUGCUUCCGCAUCUGCUUUGAGAUGAGACUAAGCGAGCUGCUGAGGAAAUCAGCUGAACACACGCUGGUGGACAUGGUGCAGCUGCUCUUCUCCAGACUUCCACAGUUUAAAGAAGAGGCUAAAAGUUUUGUGGGAGCCAAUAUGAAGAAGAUCCCAGGCUGUAUCUUGGACACACAGGAUCGUAUUAAUGCAGAUCAGCCUAGAAACACCAGUCAGAGGGGUUUAGAGAGGUUGAAGAUGCGAGCUGGUGGAAUGAGUGAAUCAUCCAAGUGGAAGAAGCAGAAGCGUUCUCCUCGCCCCUCUCGGCACAUGAUUCGCAGCCCCUCGGGACAGAUGGACCAGGCACAGCUCACUACUCUCAGCAACAACCUCUCAGGUGGAGUCCCCUUCAUUGAGCAACAGAGCGGAAGCUCUGGAUCUCUGCCUGCAUCAGACAGUGUAGCCUCCUCCAUCUCCAGCCCCACUACAGACAGUGGCCUGUACAACUGCUCUAAAACUACUUCUAAAGAAGACCUCACAGACCUGGAGCAGAGCAGCUCCACAGCCACCACUCCAGGCACAGCACCCAACACUGAUCCAGGCCAGCUGGACCUGCAGUGUGAGGGUAAGCAGGUGGAACGGACUCAAUCCGCCUCAGUGGAAUCCAUUCCUGAAGUCCUGGAGGACAGAGAUUCGCUGGCAGAACAGUCUGACUCUGCAUCCGUGCAUGACAUGGACUACGUUAAUCCCAGAGGAGUGCGGUUCACACAGUCCACUCAGAAAGAGGGUGCUGCUCUUAUCCCUUACGGACUCCCGUGUCUGAGAGAGCUCUUUCGUUUUCUCAUCUCGCUCACCAACCCUCAUGACCGCCACAACUCUGAUGUGAUGAUGCACAUGGGCCUGCAGCUGUUGAACGUGGCCCUGGAGGCCACACACAUUGCUCCCUACCAGUCACUGCUGGUUCUAGUCAAAGAUGAACUCUGCAGACAUCUCAUUCAGUUACUGAGUGUGGACCGAAUGAACUUAUAUGCUGCUUCUAUGCGAGUCUGCUUUUUGCUCUUUGAGGGCAUGCGAGGACAUCUCAAGUUUCAGCUAGAAAUGUAUUUGAAGAAGCUUAUGGACAUCAUUACCUCAGAGAACCCAAAGAUGCCCUAUGAGAUGAAGGAAAUGGCCCUCGAGGCAAUUGUGCAUCUUUGGAGAAUCCCUAGCUUUGUCACUGAGCUUUACAUCAACUACGACUGUGACUUCUACUGUUCCAACCUUUUUGAGGACCUUACCAAGCUGCUCUCCAAGAAUGCCUUUCCAGUGUCUGGACAGCUCUAUACAACCCAUCUUCUCUCUCUUGAAGCUCUGUUAACUGUGAUUGACAGCACAGAGGCUCACUGUCAGGCUAAAGGAAUGAACAAUGCUGCUGAGCAGGACCAGUCAGAAACAUUAACAGUUGAAGGAGAGACCACUGUGAGCAGUAGCACAGAUGCAGCAACAGAUUCAGUCAAGGCUGUGACCAAUUCAAAUGAGCAGACUGUGGUGGAGUCUGAGGUGUCCUCAGCGUGUCCUCCUACCAGUGGACAUCUAAUGGCAGAAAAGAUGAGAAUGGGUAGGCAAGAUCAGGAGGAAACCGAUUCAGCUGAGAAGAAAACUCUUAAAAAGCCUCACCGUUUCUCCAGCUGUCUUCCAGACUCUCAGGAUCUGAUUGACAUCAAAAACAAGAAAAAGCUUCUGAUCACAGGCACCGAGCAGUUCAAUCAGAAACCCAAGAAGGGCAUCCAGUUCCUACAAGAAAAGGGCCUUCUCAGCAGCCCAAUGGACAACAAUGAAGUGGCUCAGUGGCUUAGAGAAAACCCCCGCCUGGACAAAAAGAUGAUUGGAGAAUUCGUCAGUGACCGGAAAAACAUGGAGCUGCUCGACAGUUUUGUGAACACAUUCACCUUUCAGGGGCUGCGCAUAGAUGAGGCUCUGCGUCUGUAUCUGGAGGCUUUCCGUCUUCCUGGUGAAGCGCCGGUCAUUCAGAGGCUUUUGGAAACCUUCACUGACAACUGGCAUAAAGUGAAUGGAAAUCCCUUUUUGACGAAUGAUGCUGGCUUUGCCCUAGCCUACGCUGUCAUUAUGUUAAACACGGAUCAACACAACCACAACGUCCGCAAGCAGAACAUCCCCAUGACCAUAGAGCAAUUCAGGAAGAAUCUGAAAGGUGUGAACGGUGGAAAAGACUUUGAUCAGGACAUGCUGGAAGAUAUCUACAAUGCCAUCAAGAACGAAGAGAUCGUCAUGCCUGAUGAACAGACAGGUCUAGUAAAGGAGAACUACGUGUGGAGCGUCCUGCUGCACAGAGGAGCCACUCCUGAAGGCUUCUUCCUUCACGUGCCUGCAGGCAGCUAUGACCACGAUCUGUUCUCCAUGACCUGGGGACCGACCAUCGCUGCCCUUUCCUAUGUGUUCGACAAGAGCCUGGACGACACCAUCAUUCAGAAAGCCAUUGCAGGCUUCAGGAAAUGUGCCUUGAUUUCGGCACACUACGGCUUCAGUGACGUGUUUGAUAAUUUAAUCAUCUCACUCUGCAAGUUCACCACCCUUAGCAGUGAGUCUGUAGAGAACCUGCCCACAGUGUUUGGCAGCAAUUGGAAGGCUCAAGUAGCAGCAAAGACAGUCUUUAACCUUGCCCACCGUCACGGUGACAUACUGCGAGAGGGCUGGAAGAACAUCAUGGAUGCUAUGCUGCAGCUCUUCAGGGCUGAGCUCCUGCCCAAGCCUAUGGUGGAGGUUGAGGAUUUUGUGGAACCUAACGGAAAGAUUUCUUUGCAACGUGAGGAAACACCAUCAAACAGGGGAGAAUCAGCUGUGUUGAGCUUUGUUAACUGGUUGACACUGAGUGGAGGAGCAGAGCAGUCUGGACUGAGGGGACCAUCCACUGAAAACCAGGAGGCUAAACAAGCUGCCAUUCUUUGUAUUAAGCAAUGUGACCCUGAGAAACUGAUCACAGAGAGUAAGUUUCUACAGCUGGAGUCUCUACAGGAGCUCAUGAAGGCUCUGAUAUCAGUGACUCCUGAUGAAGAGACCUAUGAUGAGGAAGAUGCUGCAUUCUGUCUGGAAAUGCUGCUCCGGAUUGUUCUGGAGAACAGAGACCGAGUGUCAUGCGUGUGGCAGACUGUGCGUGAUCAUCUGUAUCACCUGUGUGUGCAUGCUAAUGAGAGCUGCUUCCUGGUGGAGAGAGCUGUAGUGGGACUCCUGAGACUCGCUAUACGCUUGCUGCGCAGAGAGGACAUCAGCUCACAGGUCCUGCUCUCUCUGCGUCUGCUGUUAAUGAUGAAGCCGCACGUUUUGUCCAGAGUCAGUCGAGAAGUGGCCUACGGUCUUCAUGAGCUGCUAAAAACCAACGCUGCCAAUAUCCACUGCACUGAUGACUGGUACACACUGUUCUCUCUGCUGGAGUGCAUCGGAGCCGGAGUCAAGCCCCCUGCUGCCCUGCAGGUCACCAGCACCAACCCAGACAGCGACACAGGUGCUCAGUCUGACAGCGAGAUUAGCUCGUACCACCAGAGUGAAGUCACUCUGGACAGGGGCUACACGUCAGACUCUGAGGUCUACACUGAACACGGCAAGUCCAGAAUACCCAGGUCUGCUACAGAUGUGGAUGUGGGCUGGCUGGUGGUGGGUAAAGAUGAUUUAGAUGGCAACAAAGCAUCGGUUGCUCCAGGCUCCAAACCCCAGACCCCACCUCCAAUCAACCAAUACAGUCUGACUCUGGGUCAGGAUAUGGGCCUGCACGACACCAAGUCCCUCAUCAAGUGUGUGGAGUCUCUGUCUUUUAUUGUCCGCGACGCUGCACACGUCACCCCUGAGAACUUCGAGCUUUGCGUGAAAGCUAUUCGAGUGUUUGUGGAGGCCAGUCUUAAUGGAGGUUACCGUACCCACGAGAAAAAGAAGAGCCACAAAUAUGACUCCAAAUCCAGCCGACUGCGGAAGAAGCCUCGAGAGAAGGAGGGCGUGUCCCGCCGAACCAAAACCACCAGUCAGCGGCCGUCACGCUCGCACAGUGAUGAUGAGGAAGACGAGGGUGUGCCAGCUAGCUACCACACUGUGUCUUUACAGGUUAGUCAGGACUUGUUGGAUCUGAUGCACACACUGCACACGAGGGCAGCCAGUAUCUACAGCUCCUGGGCAGAAGAACAGCGCCAUCUGGAGACUGGCGGCAGGAAGAUUGAAGCUGACUCUCAAACACUCUGGUCCAGCUGCUGGUGUCCUUUGCUCCAAGGUAUGGCUUGGCUGUGCUGUGAUGCUAGGCGACAAGUCCGCAUGCAAGCUCUUACCUACCUCCAGAGGGCGCUACUCGUACAUGACCUACAAACUCUGGAUGCUAUAGAGUGGGAAUCCUGCUUCAACAAGGUCCUGUUCCCAUUGCUGACUAAACUCCUAGACAACAUCAGCCCAGCAGAUGUUGGAGGCAUGGAGGAGACCAGAAUGAGAGCCUGCACUCUGCUCUCCAAGGUCUUCCUCCAGCAUCUUUCACCCCUGUUGUCUCUACCCACAUUUGCUGCUCUCUGGCUCACUAUCCUAGAUUUCAUGGACAAGUACAUGCAUGCAGGCUCCAGUGACCUCUUGCUGGAGGCGAUCCCCGAGUCCCUGAAGAACAUGCUGCUUGUGAUGGACACUGCAGGCAUCUUCCACAGUGCAGACUCCCGCACAGGCUACUCUGACCUGUGGGAAAUCACCUGGGAGAGGAUUGACUGCUUCCUGCCUCACCUCAGAGAGGAACUCUUCAAACAGGCAGUCAUGCCAGAGCCUGUUCCUAAUGUUCCUGUUGAGCCUGCUCCAUCUCCGGCUCCUGUUUCUCCUGCUUCCUCCCCUGUGCCAGCCCCCGCAUCAGUGCCAGCAGCCCCUACAGAGCCAAAGACCCCCAGCAGACCUGCAUCACCCCAGAACAUGCCAACACCCAGUGCCAACGGAACUGAUAGAUCCUCCCCAGUGCCCCCCUCCACCCCACCUGCACCCACUACAUUAAAGAGCUGUCCAGAUUCCCCACCCUCUCUCAGCCAGUCUCCUCUUAUACUCCAGCCUUUAGCAUCGCCGCUGCAGGUGGGUGUUCCUCCCAUGUCCUUGCCAAUCAUCCUAAACCCCGCCCUCAUUGAGGCCACAUCACCCGUACCCCUGCUACCACCUCGGCCGACUGAGCCUGCUGACGCCUCAGAGGUCAAAUAGAACACUUCAGUUUGGCCUGGAGGACUGGAAACGGAGGACUUUACAUUAACAUUAACAUUCUUCUGCUUGCCUCAUGACCUGGACGAAAAAUAUAUAUGAAAUCAAAUCCAUCAGGCCGAGACAUGGAAGAAGAAAUGAAGAGCAAAAGAGAAACGGUUACGGUUUUGCAUGCUCCUCAUUUCUGACCUCAGAACAUACCCAUAAACACGUAUAACAUCCCCAAUACUGUCGAACUGAUUAUCCUUCAUUAUUCCCGUUUACACAGAUCAUAUAUAUUUAUUCAGACUAGUCAUGUGUAACUGGAUUAUGAAGGACAAGGUCUACAGUAACAGGACCAGACCACCACUGAAUCAGCAUUAUGUUAAGAGUAUUUCUACCCUUAUGGGUAGAUUUAAUAUAUUAAUACUACAGUGCUUCAGAUUACUCCUGGAAUGAACAGAAAUCAUAUAAAAUAAUUUAUUUCUUUGGGUUCAGCAUGAUGUGUACUGAAUGUGUCUGUUUUACAGAUAGAAAUAUCUUCAUUUCUGGGGUACUAAGACUGACAGCACUGUGUCAGGAAGAUGAUAAAACCAUAGACGUGGCUCUAGCACUAACUCCAAUCACACCACUCGAGAUAAUUUCAUCUGUAUAGUAAAAAUAAGUAAACAUAAUUUAUAUAUUUUUCCAAAUACUUGGUUUCUUAGGCUUUGAAAUAAAUCUAUCCUGUGCUCUACGUAGACCAUCUUCAGAAAUGCUUGCCAUACUUGAAUCUGGAAAAUGUAUGCAGUCAAGAGUUGUUCCCCCAAAAAUGUAGUGAUUUUAAGGAGGAUCACACUUCUUCAUUGCCCCAGGGGCAUGGGACAAAUCUCAUCUGCCCCCGGGGCAGUAAAGAAAUUAUUACAUUCAUGUGAUGUGUCUCCUGCCCCAGGGGCAUAUAAGUAUUGCCUGCUGCCCUAGAGGCAGAUAAGAUUUGUCUGCUGCCCCAGAGGCAGAAGAGAUUUGUCCCCUUCCCCAGGGGCAGGGGAGAAUUGUCAGCUGCCCCAAGAUGAGAUGAGAUUUGUCAGCUGCCCCAAGGGCAGGUAAAAUUUGUCCUCUUCCUCAGGGGCAGAUAAGAUUUCUCAGCUGCCCUACAGGUGGGUAAGAUUUGUCCCUUUCCCCAGGGGGAGGUGAUAUUUGUCAGCUGCCCCAGAAGCAGAUAAGAUUUCUCAGCUGCCCCGGGGCAGAUAUGGUUUGUCCCCUUCCCCAGGGGCAGGUACAUUAUGUCUUCAUAAGAAAUGUAGGCAGUGAACUUCCGCAUCUAGAUCAUUCCAGAUUUGUCCUUAUGUUAAGUGCAUCUAAAAGAUGGCUUAAGUGACUGAAUGUGCUGUCAGCAGAGAUCUGCAUGUCAGGUUUUAUAGUUUAUUUUUAUUUUUAAUCUCCUGAAAGGUCUUAAAAGAGAUUUUGUGAAUCGAGUCCAGUGUUGAGGUCACAUCGUGCAUUAGUUUGUUUCUCAUAUUGGUGUAAUUCAAAGUUUAACUGUGACCAUUGAGUUUUAAAUGCUGCAAAUCCUUGAAUCUUUAUUUUAAAAAAUCCACAUUUUCAAAGAGAAAUUAUUCUUUUUAUAUUAAUAAACCUUCAGAGAUGCAGACAUCAAAGUUUUAUCCAUUCAGAUUCUUUCUUUGAGCGAUUGAACAUUGUUUGAAUUGUACCCAGUUUCCAACAUUAAUGUAGCUCAAAGGUCUUUUAAUUUUUAUUUUAUUUAGGUUUUCAGCUGUAGGCUUUUCCAGUAGGUCACUUAAGGCCUGAUCAAAGUUCAGCCUUCCAUUCGUUAUAUGAGAAAAAUAAAUAGAAUAUAAAUCUUUAAUUACUAUUACUAUUAUUAUUAUUUUUUUUACAGUAGGCUUGGUUGUGUCCUCUCGCAGUACUCGUGUACUACAUUGGAAUAAUCAAGACGAUCUCUCGAGCAGCUGAAGUUCAGAAUCAUUCAGGAAUCAUUUGCUUUCUCUGAAGUUAGGACACACUGGCUGCACAAAGCUAAGCGCAGUGGAGAGAUGGAUGCCUUUUCUUUUCUUCUCCCCCAGUAAAGUUUAAGUGCUUUUGUUGUACUGCAUUUAAGAAGGAUCAGGCACUAAUUCUAUAGGCGACAGGAAAUUCUGUAAAUAUAUAUAUGAAUAAAAUGUACUUUUUACAAUGUAAUAAAUAUAUGGUAAACAAAA